AUGAUGGGCAAGAUCAAGCUCGAAACUUCUUCCCUGUCAAUUUCCCUCCUUUUCAUCGUCGGGCUUGGGUUGUGCUCUGCCAACAAUGGAUGGACUACCGGCCGCGCUACAUGGUUCGAUGUGGGCCCCGAUAUGAGCAAGAAAUGCUUUGAGGUGCGAUGCCGCAACGCCGACUUCGCCGACGGUAACGGACAAUCCCUGAGCCGCUCCAAUGCUUGCUACGACGAGAACAAGUCCGUUGUCAUUACCAUUGUGGACGCAUGCCCAUGCAAUUACCCAAACAAUGCCCAUUCCAACCGCCGCUGGUGCUGCGGCGACAUGAACCACCUGGACAUCUCCCAAGAGGCUUUCCAGCAGCUUGCUGAUGUCAACGUUGGCGUCAUCGGGCUUUCCUACCGUGAAGUCGAUUGCCACCAUCAAUCCGACAGCAACGCUUCAGCUGACCGAACUAACAUCAACGCCAUGUCGGCGACCGCUGACCAAAAGCCAAAGGAGGAUGCUUUGCUGGAGAAGGCGACAGUGCUUAAGGCGCAAUGGAAAUCGCUGGCGGCAGCGUUUAAUUUCCCCUGCGAGGAGCCAAAACGACAGGCUACUCACUGGGACUACCUUCUGCGGGAGGCGCAGUGGCUUGCGGAGGACUUCAUGCAGGAACGGUUAUGGAAGCAAGCCGCUGCCAUGCGGAUAGCGCACGAUGCUGCCAGCUUCGAUCGCACGAAGCUUAAGCACGUGCAAACCAAGGUUACCUUGGAAUGCGCUCCAGAGGAGCUGGGUCGGGUGAAGGGGAGCCUGGCGGAAGCAGUGGAUGGGCGGAGCCGAAAGCUGCCCAACGGGGGCACGGAGUCUGGUCCCACCGCGCCGUCCACUCCCGACCGCGAGGCCGAGCUGCCGGGCCUACCGCUUUGCGACCACCUCACCUUUGGGGUGCUCGUAAGCGCGGAGGAGCUGAUGGAGGCGGUGGUGCGCCAGCUAGAGGUGGGGUUGCGGGUGGGGCGGGUCUGGGUCUGGGGUGCUGCCGGAGGUCAGUGCAAGGGGCUACGGGGAUGGUUUGCGGAGGAGGAUGUUGCUCGGCUGACGGCCUAUGCAGAGCUGGUCUCAGAUUACAAGGCGGCGUACGACGCGGCGCAGUACGCGCGGUCGUCGUCGGCGCUUUCCGACGCGGAGGACAUGCCCAUCGGCCGCAAAUUUCCCCUCGGGGGAAUUAGGAAAGGCACCGGCGCACGGCCAAAGUUGGCGCUGCCCUCUGGUGCCGAUGACACGGACUCUCUGGGCGAGGCCAGCCCCGCACCCACACAUCAUCGUGUCGGUGGUGUGGCGGGCGGGGCUGCGGCGCGACGCAUUGGGCCCGGCGGGGCAGCUGCGCACCGAGCUGCGGCCGCCGCGGCCGAUGACGACGUACAUCCCAGCAAGCGAAAGCGAAAGCAGAUACGGGACUUCGAGGACGACGAUGCUGUGGUGGCACCGGGCCCAGCCAAUAAGGGCUUGAAGUUGAAGACGGCAGCAGGUCUUAAAGACGACCGGUCGAAGAAGCUCAAGAGCCCCGCAAAACCGCCGGGAGGUGCUCAUGCGGUCGGUGGUUUCGGGGCGGGGCGCGAGGGACCCGGCGCACAUGCGGGAGCCCCCAAGGGCUCCGCCGUGGGGCCUCUAAAGCACCCGCUGCUUCGCGGCACUGCCAACAUACCGGACGGCGGCAUGCGCGGCUUGCCUUGGUCUGGGACGGACGACCAGGUGCUCGCUGCCAUCGUUACCGAGUUUACGCAAAACUGGUUGCUGGUGGCGGACGUCAUGCGCUCCGCCAACAACAUGCUGGGCGUCUACCGGCGGCCGGAGAUUUGCAAGUACCGGUAUGCCAUGCUGGUCAAGGCUUGGCAGCAAGAGAAUGGCGAGGAGGGCGCACCGGAGACGCAACACAACGCGCUGUCGCUGGCCAUUAUGCCGAAACAACAGGCGAAGGAGGUGCUAUACCAGGUGCUGCCCGUGUCGGAGGCCACACUAAGACGGCACCAGGAAGCGGUGGCCAACCUGCACGUGCGCUUCCGGACGAAACGACAUGGGGAGCGACAGCAGCAACGGGAAAUGUACAGGACGCGCCACGAGCAGCACACGAGCCACUACAUAGUCUCCCAAAACGUGCUGCAGGCCAACGGAGGUCGCAUCCUCAACCCCUUAGAGCUUGGCCUGGGCCCCAGCAUUCCCGACCCCGCAGCAGUGGCGGCCGCGGCGGCAGCGGCCAUGCAGGGCGGUUCGGGUGCUACUCAGGGGGGCCCUGGUUUGGGCAGCCAGCCCCAGCCGUCGCACCUGCAGGGCCAGUCGUCCAUGGGGCCUGGGAUGCAGCAACCGCCGCAGGCGCAGCAACAGCCAUCACAGCAGCAGCAGUCCCUGGCGCAACCGCCACCACAACCACAGCAGCAGCAACAACCCGGCAUGUCUGACGCAGCGCAAGCAGCAGCAGGGGGCUUGCAAUCGCAACAAUCCGGGCCUGGCAUGCCGGGGACGCUGCCGCCUGGUAUGGGGCAGGCGCAUACUGGAGGAAUACAGGGCAUGCAGCAGCAAGGGCAGCAGCAGAUGCAGCCCGGCGUCAUGCAUCCAGGCGCGAUGCACCCGGCACAACUAGCAGCCAUCCAGCAGCAGCAGCAACAACAACAACAGCAACAGCAGCAACAACAGGCAGCGGCGAUGACACCGAAUGCGGUCUCUGCACAGGCGGCGCAGCCAGGGUUAGGGAACGCCGCAGCGGCAGCGGCGGCAGCAGCCGCAGCGGCAGCGCAGCUAAACAAGCCGCCGACGCCGAACCCCAUGGCCGGAAGCGCCGGUGCCGCGGGUGCUGCGACCCAAGGGAAUGCGGCAACGGCGGCGGCAGCAGCCGCGGCGGCUGCAGCAGCCAUACAACGGCCACCGGCUCACCCCACGCAGCUGCAGAUGCAGGCGCUUGCAGGCCGGCUGCCGGGCAUGCUGGGCGCUAUUCCCGGGGGCCUUCCCGGGACAGCAGCCAUGAACACGGUUGCCCUUGCCGCGCAGAUGCAGAAGGCCGGCCUGCAGCCCGGAGUAAUGCAGAACGCGGCAAGCCUCCAGGCGCUGCAGCAAAAAAUGCAGCAGCAAAUGCAAGCCGCCGGCGCUGCAGCCGCAGCGGGAGGUGCGGGGCGACCGCCUAUGAUGCCUGGGGGCCUACCCGCGCCUGGGACUCCGGGUCUAACGUCUGGCGGCCUCGCCGGGCAGCCGGGUGCCUUACCGGGGCAGCUCACCCCGGGGCAACAGCCUGGGCUACAGGGCCAACAACAACAGGCUGCGUUAGCGCAGUUCCAGGCGCAGCAGCAGGCUGCAGCGGCGGCAGCGGCCGCAGCAGCAGCGGUCGGGGGCGCUCAGGGGCAGGCUGGAGCCGGAGGCCUCCCACCUGGACAGGGGCCUCCCGGCAGUCUGGCGCCAUCCACGCUGCCUCCGAACAUGGCCGCCUUCAUCAACCAAAAUCCGGGUGCGCUUCUUAGCAUGGCCGCACGGCCCGGCCUUCCCCAGAUGCCUGCCGCCCUGCAGCAGCAGCUGAGCAUGCAGCCAGGCCCGCAGCCGGGUGGGCUGCAGCCCAACCUGCAGCAGCAACAGCAGCAGCAGGUUGCCAUCCAUGCGGUCGCGGCGGCGGCAGCCGCUGCCGCCGCGCAGCAGCAACAACAGCAGCAAAUGCAGCUUUCAGGAGGCGGUUUGUUGCAGCCUGGGAUGGUACAGUCGGGCAUGGUCCAGGGACCGCCGGGUGUUCAGCAGCAGCAGCAAGCCGCCGCUGCGCCGCAGCCAACGGCGGGUUAGCACAUCGGAACGGGGGUUGCAGCCCCGACGCGUGCCCCGCAUAACAGCGUUGAGGACGGCGGCGAAGCGGGAUUGGGCUUCACGGAGCCUCCCAUGUAUGUUGGGAUGAGAGGAUGAAGCCCAACGCCGCCGUUUUGUUGCAAACAUCACGUGUUGCUGUGCUGCACUGAAGGCCUUGCGAGCGGGCUGCCAAGGCGCGAGGGGGGACGACAAGCAACUGGGUAAAAACGAUAGGCGCCAACACGGGAACCACGGGAACUUGCUUGUGCCAUGCAUGCUCGGUAGGCUGUUUAGGGCUGCAUAGAGUUCAUGUUGUCGGUCAUAUAUGAUGUCCUCACAGCUUGAGAAAUCGUCCAGGGUCCGUGCCUUUGGUCUUGUGUCGCCGGUAUGUGAACGAACGCGCUCGUAACCGCUCGGACGGAU